AGCGGUCCCCGCGGGGUUCGGAAGGCGCACGGCAGGAGGCGACAUGGGGAACACGGCGCGACGGUCUCGCGGCUCGCAGCCUGCGCCCGUGCUGCGGCGGUUGCUGCUCAUCGCGGCCUCGGCGCUGCUGGUCGUGCCGGGCGUGCGCGGGCGCCCCACCGAGGAGGACGAGGAGCUGGUGCUGCUGGCACCGGAGCGCGACCCAGGACACACGACCACGCACCUCCGCCUGGACGCCUUCGGCCGGCAGCUGCUGCUGGAGCUGCAGCCGGACCGUGGCUUCCUGGCCCCCGGCUUCACGCUCCAGACGGUGGGGCGCAGACCCGGGCCCGACGCGUCGCGUUCUGAUCCCGUUGGCGACCUGGCGCACUGCUUCUACUCUGGCACGGUGAACGGCGACCCCAGCUCCGCCGCCGCUCUCAGCCUCUGCGAGGGCGUGCGCGGCGCCUUCUACCUGCAGGGCGAGGAGUACUUCAUCCAGCCCGCGCCCGCCGCCGCAGCCGAGGAGGAGCCUCCGGCGCGGCCCCAGUUCCAUCUCUUGCGGCGGAGGCGGCGGGGUGGCGGCGGCGCCAGGUGCGGGGUCCUGGACGACGAAACGCAGCUCGCGGGGGGAGCGGGGUCGGAGGGCGAGCACGGCACGGAGCAGGGGCCGCCGCGGGACCGAGCGACACAGCGCACGGGACAGCCAACAGGAACCAGAAGCCUAAGAAAGAAGCGAUUUGUGUCCAGCCCCCGCUAUGUGGAAACUAUGCUUGUGGCCGACCAGUCCAUGGCAGAGUUCCACGGCAGUGGGCUAAAGCACUACCUUCUCACCUUGUUCUCGGUGGCGGCCCGGUUGUACAAACACGCCAGCAUUCGGAAUUCAGUUAGCCUGGUGGUAGUGAAGAUCCUGGUCAUCUAUGAGGAACAGAAGGGACCAGAAGUGACUUCCAACGCCGCCCUCACUCUGCGGAACUUCUGCAACUGGCAAAAGCAGCACAACCCGCCCAGUGACCGGGAUGUAGAGCACUAUGACACGGCGAUUCUUUUCACCAGACAGGACCUGUGUGGCGCCCAGACAUGCGAUACUCUUGGGAUGGCAGAUGUUGGAACUGUAUGCGAUCCCAGCAGAAGCUGCUCGGUCAUAGAAGAUGACGGCUUACAAGCUGCCUUCACCACAGCCCACGAAUUAGGCCAUGUGUUUAACAUGCCACAUGAUGAUGCAAAGCAAUGUGCUGGCAUUAAUGGUGUCAACCGGGAUUCCCACAUGAUGGCGUCAAUGCUUUCCAAUCUGGACCGCAGCCAGCCCUGGUCUCCUUGCAGUGCUUACAUGAUUACAUCAUUUCUGGAUAACGGUCAUGGCGAAUGUUUGAUGGACAAGCCCCAGAGCCCCAUACAGCUCCCCUCUGAUCUCCCUGGGACCUUGUACGAUGCCAACCGGCAGUGCCAGUUUACAUUUGGAGAGGAGUCCAAACACUGCCCGGACGCGGCCAGCACGUGCACGACCCUCUGGUGCACGGGCACCUCUGGCGGAUUGCUGGUGUGCCAGACCAAACACUUCCCCUGGGCCGACGGCACCAGCUGUGGAGAAGGGAAAUGGUGUGUCAACGGCAAGUGCGUGAACAAGACUGACAAGCAUUUUGAUACUCCUAUUCACGGAAGCUGGGGGCCGUGGGGGCCCUGGGGAGACUGUUCAAGAACGUGUGGUGGAGGAGUUCAGUAUACGAUGAGGGAGUGCGACAACCCGGUCCCGAAGAACGGAGGGAAGUACUGCGAGGGCAAGCGUGUGCGCUACAGGUCCUGCAACAUUGAGGACUGUCCGGAGAAUAAUGGAAAAACCUUUAGAGAGGAACAGUGUGAGGCACACAAUGAAUUCUCCAAAGCUUCCUUUGGGAGUGGGCCCGCGGUGGAGUGGAUACCCAAGUACGCAGGAGUCUCACCCAAGGACAGGUGCAAGCUCAUCUGUCAAGCCAAAGGCAUUGGCUACUUCUUCGUUUUGCAGCCCAAGGUGGUAGAUGGCACUCCUUGUAGCCCAGAUUCCACCUCUGUCUGCGUGCAAGGACAGUGUGUAAAAGCUGGUUGUGAUCGCAUCAUAGACUCCAAAAAGAAGUUCGAUAAAUGUGGCAUUUGUGGAGGAAAUGGAUCUACAUGCAAGAAAAUAUCAGGAUCAGUUACUAGUGCAAAACCUGGCUACCACGAUAUCGUCACGAUUCCCACUGGAGCCACAAACAUUGAAGUGAAACAACGGAAUCAGAGGGGAUCCAGAAAUAAUGGAAGCUACCUUGCCAUCAAAGCUGCCGAUGGCACAUAUAUCCUGAAUGGCGACUUCACUUUGUCCACUUUAGAGCAAGACAUCACGUACAAAGGUAGUGUCUUGAGAUACAGUGGCUCCUCUGCAGCAUUGGAAAGAAUUAGAAGCUUCAGCCCUCUCAAGGAGCCCUUAACCAUCCAAGUCCUGACCGUGGGCAAUGCCCUUCGACCGAAAAUUAAAUACACCUAUUUCGUGAAGAAGAAGAAGGAAUCUUUCAACGCCAUCCCUACUUUCUCCGAAUGGGUCAUUGAAGAGUGGGGAGAAUGUUCCAAGUCAUGUGGACAGGGUGUGCAGAGAAGGCUGGUAGAGUGCCGAGACAUCAACGGGCAGCCCGCUUCAGAGUGUGCAAAGGAAGUGAAGCCAGCCAGCACCAGACCUUGUGCGGACCUGCCUUGCCCCCGCUGGCAGCUGGGGGAUUGGUCGCCAUGUUCCAAGACUUGCGGGAAGGGUUACAAAAAGAGAACCUUGCAGUGUCUGUCCCACGAUGGGGGUGUGUUGUCUCACGAGAGCUGCGAUCCUUUAAAGAAACCUAAACAUUACAUAGACUUUUGCACAAUGGCAGAAUGCAGUUAAGCAGGGGCGGGGUUGAGGGAAAAGGGCAGUGGGGAAGGGCUCAUGCACUGAAAUCAAGAAGGCUGGAGGGAUCCAGUGCACCUUGCCGGAGAUCAGUGAGGUGUGCCAGUGAGUUGGGAGGUACAGGUAGGUAGAAAAGAAGUUAGAUCAUCAGAAUUUCCUGCCAGUUACAAAAUCGAUAGGGUAGUUUAUGAGGAUCAUUAAUAGCUGACCAAUAAGAUAGCAUGAGAAAGCCCCAGGGCGUUAUUAUUUCUUUUGUUAAGUCUGUGACACGUUUUUACAAAAAUGGAAACAAUUGUCAAAGUAAGUUUAAGAAAUAUUACAAUGCCUGUUUCCUGAUACUGAUGAAAUACUUUGUAUCAUGGAGGCUGGGAAAUGAAAAGCAGGAGGAAGGUGAGAUUUUUGGUUUAAGAUGUAGCUUACUUUACCUCACUACCUAUGGAGGGAGAAAGGAAUACACAUGGGAUCUUUGACCAUCACUGUUCCUAACUGCUGUGGUUUCAGAGAAUGUUUAUGCCAUCUCUUCUGCUGCGAGUUAAGAAUUCAGGACUGUUCAGCAUGAGAAAUGCUUAGCAACGUCCAGUGACUCAAAUGACUGCAUCUUUCCUGUCUUGUGCCGUUAUUGUGUCUUUCUUUGUGAAUUCAUUUUGAUGAAGAAACAAUUCCAUGUAUUUGUAAAAACAGCAUUAAGUCUACAAGGGGAA